CCUAUAUUGUUAAAUUUCCCGAAAGGCUUCUUUUGAUCAUAAAGACCGAUCAUCACUAGGGUAUUCAAACUAAUUUUUGCCAACUGACUCACCUUCUCAUUAAGAGUUGCAGAUAAGAGAAGGUUUUGCCUUUAGAUAUGCCCCCUUUGUUUUUAAUUUGACCAGGAGCGCCAAUGAUUGAACUCAAGUGCCCUAGAAUAUUCUCAACUACAUUUUCCAAAACCAAGUUCAAGGAUGUUGCAUUAAUACAACACAAGAAUGGUUAUUUUUUCCCAUGGAAUAAGAAAUUUUCUUUGGAAACUAAAUGACACUACAUGAUAGUUUGGGAACUCCAUUUUCCUCUAAAGGAAAAUGAACUAACUUACCUUGGGAAAAUAGAAACCCCUUGAGAAAAUGGGGUUCCCAAACUAGCUUUAUUGUUGCUAUUAGACCUAUCAGCUUCAUAAAAAACAUCUACUACAGGUUUGAAUAGAUAAAUGAAGCAAUAUGUCGUAAAUGGUCAAGGAGGUGCCUAGGGGAACAAUGAGAAUUGAUAUUCCUACAAACAAAUUUCCAGGGUCAAAUCUUGAUAUCACAUAGAGACACAUUCAACUCCAAUAAAUGACACUAUGAUACAAGAUACACCUUCCUAAAGUCUUGCUUUCUCUUUUGCUCUAUUCUCCCCAUCUGUGGCAUACCAGGGACAAUCCAGCAGAAACGAUGAACCAACUAUUGUGCAAUCUCGUAAACCUUUAAAAGUAUAGCUCUCACAUUGGCACAAGUACCAACACUACCAUGACAAUUAGUGACAUCAUCCAGUACUAAGGGGGGUCAAGGGAAUAAUUGCUUGCAUAUUUUUUCAUCUUCACAUAAGGCUAUUCUCUAUGGUAGUUUCAUCACACCUUUUCCAAUAUUGCCAUGUCAAUAAGAGUAAAAUAAAAUAUACUCUCAAUAAAGAGUUUUAUAGCACAAUUUCAAAGGCUAACAUAUGACUUAAAUGUUGCAUCUUAAUAACCAAUAUGAAUAGAUGAAUAUGAAAUAAAUUGUUCUUAAUGGUGGUUUCGUGCGCUUUCCAAUACCUUGGAAAUGGGUUGGCAUAGUUUUAAGGUGAUGAAACUAGUUUCACCUAUUUCAUAAUAAAUAUAGUGCCAUAUCAUUAAAAAGUUCUAUGCGCCAUACUAAUUAAUGUCAUGAAAUCUUUCAUGAAACUCCUAUUGAGAAUGGCCUAUUAGGAUGGUUUACUAGAUGAGUCAUGGAAGGGUAAGAAAUUAUAUCCAAGUGGCGUUGAAGAGAUGAGGAUAUUUGUGAUCAAAAUAAUGUAUUGUGUAAAUUACAAUAACAUACAAGAAAUUUCCCCGUAUCUAAUCCAUUCACUCCCAUGAAAAUAUUAGGUCAUUUUCAAUAGAGAGUUUUAUCGCACUGUUUUUAAAACUGCCAUGUCAAUAUUUGUCUAGGAAAUAAUGUAUCUAGAAUUUCAUCCCAUGAAAUUAUUUGAUCUCUCAUGAAACUCUCUCACAUCUCUUUUUAUUAAAUUGCAUGCCAUGCCAUCCUAUUUACUUAUAUGGUAUGCCAUUUAAUGAGAGUGAAACUCCAACUGACAAUGAUUUUACCAUACUUCUUGUCAACCAAUCAGAGCAGCUCAUUCAUGGUUAUCACAUGACCAAGCUUGAAUGCUAUUUCUCCACUAAUUUUUUGAGCUCUUGGACUUUACACCAAAUCAACUUUGUCGAGUUCACUAUGAUUUUUUUCGGCUCUAAAUAUUUAGAUAUCAUUCAACGCUAUUCAUUGAUGAAAAAUAUAUGAACAUGCACAUAUACUAUGUGAUUUCUAAAAAAGUAGACUCCAUAGAUAGUAUCAUAGUAUGCUCCCAAGUCCCAACCAUUAGACUUUAACCACCAUUAUUCUCAUACCUUAAAUGUAGGCUUGGAUUGAGAUCCAAGCAAUUACCAAACCAAUUUUUUUAUCCUCGACUACCCUACCAUCACAUUGCAAGUGGAAAUUUAAUGUUGUCUUCAAUGGUAUCUUUUAUAUUUGUCGUUUAGAGAUUUUCUAAAAGUUUUUUCUCUAUAUUUUAUUUCUCUUUAACGAUAUUCUAUAUUCACAUCCUUUGGACAUUAAAGAUCUAUAUUAAAACAUAUUUUACUUGAAAACUAGAGAAACCUUUAUCGUGUCUGGUUAGAGUCACGGCCGACUCCGUGGAAAUUUGGAAACCACGGUCACGUACUGCUGGGACUGGGAAGCUUCCUGUCCAGAAUGCUGCGGCCUGCGGGAGUUGGAAGCAAAGAAAUAGAAAAACCCAUUGGUCCCGCUCGCCAGUGUCCCGGUACAACUGCAGACCCCCGCGCUUAAAAGAGCCCUUUCCCUAGCCUGCGAUUCCUCAUUCCUCACACCCACACAAACCGCACCUCAUCCCUGUUGACCCGACGGUGGCGCUCAUCUCCUCCCCGACGGUGGCGCUCAUCUUCCCCCCGACGGUUCUCCCCAUCGACCUGCUGGCUUCCCUUCGUCUUCCCCGACACUGAUCCUCACCACUCAUGUCUGCUGAAGUUGCCGGAGGAAACCCUUAUUUCCUCUCAUGCUACUUCUGGUUCAUAUACUGCAUAAAAUUCCGAGAUUUCACUUGAUACAAGUGGAACACUAGGAGUUUUGUGCAAAUACUUCCUACCAUGUGAAUCAGUUGUAGCUGGUGAAUUUGGCAAGACUCAAGUCCUCUCAUCUGGGUUCAGAAAACAUCUGUCGGUUGAUUGCUUGGUCUCCUGUUUCCUUUGAGUCUUGCCAACCAAAGUUUUCUCUCAGCAUCAGUUGUGGUCUACGAACUCUUUCUGUGACUUGACCAACAUCUCUUUUGGUCCUGUCAAUCUUGCAACACUCCCUUCCAAAGACUUGUCUAGAGGCUGGAUUGCCCUGCUCUCUGCUGGCGCUGCAUCCUCCUUUAGUCUUCCAAGUUUUCUCUUGGCAGCAGUUGUGAUCUACGAACUCUUUCUGUGACUUGACCAACAUCUCUUUUGGUCCUGUCAAUCUUGCAACACUCCCUUCUAAAGACUUGUCUAGAGGUUGGAUUGCCCUGCUCUCUGCUGGCGCUGCAGCCUCCCUUAGUCUUCCCUUGCUGCAUUCUGUGCUCACUUUCGAAAGCUGCUCUGUUCUGCUCUGCUUUAUUGAUUUGUGCACUUGGAUUCUCUUGUCUGUGUAAUCAAGCUUCUCUCUUCUGGGGCACAACUAGUCACCCCAUUGAAGCAUUUCAGCUUUUGUCUUGAGAUCUUUCUAUCAGUGCUAAAGGCAAAAGAGGUCUUAGGGCGAUGGCGCAAACUAGCCUGCCUCCUGGAUUUCGUUUCCACCCAACUGAUGUUGAGAUUGUUUCCUACUAUUUGAAGAGGAAGAUUAUGGGAAAGAAGCUUAUUGUAGACGCUAUAUCAGAGGUUGAUCUCUACAAGUUUCCUCCCUGGGAUCUCCCUGAAAAGUCCUCUCUUCGAAGCAAAGAUCUUGAAUGGUUCUUCUUUUGUCCUCGUGACAAGAAGUACCCUAAUGGGUCUAGGACAAACCGUGCCACACCAAAUGGUUACUGGAAGACUAGUGGAAAGGAUAGAAUAAUUAUGCUUAACUCUCGCACUGUUGGAAUGAAGAAAACAUUGAUAUUUCAUGAAGGCAAGCCCCCUAAGGGUGAUAGAACUGAUUGGGUGAUGUAUGAAUACAAAAUGGAAGAUGAAUAUUUGGUUUCUACUGGUUUCUCAAAGGAUACUUAUGUACUCUGCAAAAUUUUCAAGAAAAGUGGCCUUGGUCCAAGGAUUGGGGAGCAAUAUGGGGCUCCGUUUGACGAAGCCGAAUGGGACAAUGCAGAAGCUGAAACCUCUAUAUUUCCUUUGAUGACCUCUUCAGAAGUAGUGAACCCAACAGAGGGACCACACACUCAGCCUGUUGCCCCUGCUGGUGCUCUUCAGGAACCUCUACAUAAUUCAUCUGCUACUUGUGUUGUAGAGGGAUCGCCAUUUGAUCAUGCCACUGCAAAUACUUGUGCUGAGGGUGUAACAUUUGGCUAUACUGUUGCUAGCUCUGCUAUUGAAGAUAUGCCUGCUCAGCUGUCAGGAGAUGGUGUGGUUUCUAUGAACAACAUAUCCAGUGAGGUCAAUGAUAUGUACAGUCCUCAUGACUGUGAUGAAUUUCUAUUGGAGGAGAUGUCUAGAUUCCUGAAUGAUUCUCCAAUGCGUAACACUCCUUAUGGAGAGUGCUCUGGUCUUCCUCCAAUGUCUGAAGCUGAGGCUCAUGCUUUUGAAGUCAACUCUUUUGACCUCUACAAAGAAUUAUCAGGGCUUGUUGAGUUAGGAGGCAUGGACAAUAACUUCAACACCAGCAAUGUGGAAACCACAGAUUACCUUGUGCUGCCACCUGACAGAGAAUUGUCCACGGAUGGUUACAUGGAACUUAAUGAUCUCCUUGCUUCUGAUUCAAGCUUCCCCAUCCCCAGUGAAUUUCCUGCUCAGGACAAUCAAUCUAUGCAGUAUCCUCUGGCUGAGUACAAUGUGCAUUAUGAUGUCGCUACUCUGUCAGGUCCUUUGGAACCAACAAUGCCUAGCAUUUUCGACGAUUUUCCUCCCAAUAAUGGACCCCAUGUCACAGAUGAGGAAGACGACUACUUGGACCCGACCAUCCCUUUCCCGUGAUUGGUCGAAUAAUAUGCCUGCCCUUUUUUGUGUCCUUACAUGUUUGGACUGUUCCGAUGUUGCAACUUGCAGUUCUUUGCUACUACAACUCUAUCCACCUUGGAUGUCGCGAUAUUGUUGAUGCAAUGCCUGGGCUCAUGUCAGCUGAGAGCUGACCUUGGCAGCUUGGCUGUCUGCUGACCUUGGCUGGAAGCACGGUUUUUGGAUGAAUCUGCAUCGACUACCACAUGCAAGUUCCAACUGGUUGAGCUGACCGCCUAUCUUGUAUCGCUCUGCUCAAUAUCGGUAGGACUUGGCAUGUAAAUCUUUGAUUAUGUCUAUGCUGAGUAUCAAUAAGACUUGGCGUGUAAGUCUUUGAUUAUGAUAUUACCUGUCUGUAUUGCAACCUGCAUGAUUGCCACCAUUUUAAGCAAUUUGUCAUUUGUGUAUUCACAAUAUGCAAACCAUUAUUAUUGUUGUAAUGUGAUAUUGAAUGUUUAAUACUAUAUUUUACCCUGACCC